AUGGAAGACGAAAGCCCUGCCAUCGAAGAUGUCUACACUUUCGAUAAAGUAUUAGGAGAAGGAUCUUUCGGUAUUGUCAAGAGAGCCAUUAAAAAGGAUACCGGUGAAGCUUUUGCAGUUAAAAUGAUCAAAAAGGAAAAUCUCGAAAGCGAUGAUAUGAAUGCUUUACAGUAAGAAGUCGAAAUAUUAACUGAAAUUGAUCAUCCAAAUGUAGUAAAACUAUAUGAAAUAUAUGAAGAUGAUGCUUAUUUUUACAUGGUUUUAGAGCUUAUGACUGGAGGAGAAUUAUUCUAGCGUAUUGUGGAAGCAGAUCACUUCUCUGAAAGAUAAGCAGCCGAAACUAUUAAGCCUGUAGUAGAUGCCUUGCAUUAUUGCCAUGCCCUAAAUAUUGCUCAUAGAGAUUUAAAACCUGAAAAUUUACUUUAUGCCACUAAAGAACCAGGUGCAGUUAUCAAAAUUUCAGAUUUCGGUCUUGCUAGAUUUGUAGGAGAAAAUACAAUGACUACUAUGUGUGGUACUCCAGGUUACGUAGCACCUGAUAUUAUUCUUGGAUAAGGUUAUGAUAAGACUAUUGAUUAUUGGAGCGUUGGAGUUAUUCUUUACAUCAUGCUAUGUGGUUUCCCUCCUUUUUAUAGUGAAAAUAAUGAUGAACUUUUUGAGUUGAUUGUUAAGGGUAAGUUUGAAUUCCCUUCACCAGCAUGGGAUUCUAUUUCAAAUGAAGCUAAGGAUUUAAUCAAGGGAUUACUUACAGUUGAUCCUAAAAAGAGAUUUAAUUAUGAAAAAAUUAGUGCUCAUCCCUGGUUGAAUGGAAAGAGCUCUGACACAAGUAUUCCUGAUAUUCAAAAAAAGAUUAAAAAUUUUUCAGCUUCCAAAUAGUUCAAGAAAAUUAAAAUAGUUUUAUAAGCUGUUAGCAAACUCAAUAAAAACUAAAAAAGUCAUUGA